AUGAAUAUACCAAUUGAUAAUGAAAAUAAUUAUAGCAAUAAUGAAGUAUCACCAUCACCACCACCGUCAUCAGGUUUAUCAUUAUCACAAUCAAUUUCAAAACCAGCAAAUAUAAUAUUAACAGGUGAAAAUGUGGGAUAUAAUGAAAAUGAAAAAUUAGAAAUUUAUAAACCAAUAAUUAAUAAAUUAGAUAAUCAAUAUGAUACAGUUCCUUUAAAUCCACCUCAUGAUUUAUUUAAUAAUCAACCUGCACAAUUUGAUGAAAAUUUACAUAUAACUUAUUAUUCUCAAACAACAACAACCACCAUACAGGGUGAUGAAACACAACAAAUUCCAUAUGGUGAUACUCAACUACCUCAAAUUAUAGUUAGGAAUGGUGAUAAUGAAGAUCAACAACAUUUUAUAUUUGCUUUAAUAUUUUUUAUACUUGGUUUUUUUACUGUUAUAUUUUGGAUUGUUAAUAUUAAAUUUCUCAAAAGUAGAAAUAAAAAUGCAAGAACUUUAUCCAAUCUAUCUAUUAUUUUUACUUUUGUUUUCAUACUUUUAUUAUUUAUAGCAGUUAUUUCAUCAGUUUCUGGAUAA